UUGCGGCAGAAGCAUGCCGUAGGGUACAGAGUGCGAGCCGUUUCGUCGGUUUGUCGUGUCGUAUCGUGUGUAGCGCACGGUUAUCGUACAGAGAUCGUAUCGUGUGUGGUCAUCCUAUUCUCAGUCAGAAAAGCGGACUCGAACCGCGCGGACGCGCGGCACAUCGGUGCUUGUAGUUUUUUAGUUUGACAGUUGGCGCGUUUUUCGUUUCAGUUCAACUAGGUAUUUGAUGUGAAAAUCAUAGAUUUUAAGUUAGUGUAAUCUGUGUAUUUUCUAUAUAUCUCCAGUGUGCGACUAGUCAUUUGUGAAUUUUCUACGCCCGGCUGUGAGUUGAGUGGUGUCUGCUGUGAACUGUCGCCUUGGGAUUUUGUGCACAAUUUUGUGAUUUCCACCUUUGGAAUAUCUUACCGUGGACGAGAUAUCUGCUGCCGGUAACGACUGAAGGUCGCCACCUGCAGCAUAAUAGGGAGCCAUACGCCGCGGCGGAAAGACGGGUGCGACACGCACUCGUGAGCUAGAGGGUUGUCGGGCGUGGUGCGGGCGGCGGCCGCGAGCCCGGCACCAUGGCGACGGUGGAGGGGCGGCCGGCGCAAUAUGGCGUCACCCUGCGGCAGCUGCGCGAGCUGAUGGAGACGCGAGGCGCCGAGGGUUUGGCCAAGAUCAACGCGCUCGGUGGACCUCAGGAGCUGUGCAAAAAGCUGUACACAUCGCCCACAGAUGGUCUUAGCGGUUCGAAAACGGACCUGCAGCAUCGGCGCGAGGUGUUCGGCUCUAACCUUAUCCCGCCCAAGCCUCCCAAGACCUUCCUCACAUUAGUAUGGGAGGCACUGCAGGACGUUACGCUCAUUAUUCUGGAGGUGGCCGCCGUCGUCUCCCUAGGGUUGAGUUUUUACAAACCGUCCGAAGACGUGGAAGACCCUGCUCAUCUGGACGAAGAGGAGGGCCACUAUCAAUGGAUCGAGGGGCUGGCGAUCUUAAUAUCUGUCAUAGUCGUUGUUAUAGUCACAGCGUUUAACGAUUACACGAAAGAAAGGCAAUUCAGAGGACUACAAUCUCGGAUAGAAGGCGAGCACAAGUUCGCAGUGAUCCGGGGCAAUGAGGUGAAGCAAGUUCCUAUCAGCGAAAUUGUGGUCGGGGACAUAUGUCAGAUAAAAUACGGUGAUCUUCUGCCGGCCGACGGACUCUUGUUGCAGAGCAAUGACCUCAAGAUCGACGAGUCUUCGCUGACGGGCGAGUCUGACCACGUGAAAAAGGGGGAGUCAUUCGACCCCAUGGUGCUAUCCGGUACUCACGUUAUGGAAGGCUCGGGCAAAAUGCUGGUGACAGCUGUGGGUGUGAACUCUCAAGCUGGCAUUAUCUUCACGCUGCUGGGGGCGGCUGUAGAGAAACAGGACAAGGAGAUCAAACAGAUGAAGAAAGAAGCUAAAAAGCAGCAGAAAAAAGGAACCCAGCGCAAGAGUCUACCAGGCGAUGAAGACGUGACGCUGCCAGCGUCGGGGAACAGCCACGGGGCCAACCACGCGCGGCCUGACGACAACCACGUGGCGCCGGCUACGGACAAACCUGCUGCUGAGGCCUCGCACAAGAAGGAGAAGUCGGUGCUGCAGGCCAAACUCACCAAGCUCGCUAUACAGAUCGGUUACGCGGGCUCUACGAUCGCUGUCCUUACCGUCAUCAUCCUAGUCAUCCAAUUCUGCGUUCACAAGUUCGUCAUCGAGAAGAAACCCUGGAGCGCGGUGUACGUCAACAACCUGGUGAAGCAUCUCAUCAUCGGAGUCACUGUGCUGGUGGUAGCUGUUCCUGAGGGUCUACCGCUCGCCGUCACACUGUCACUCGCUUAUUCUGUCAAGAAAAUGAUGAAAGACAACAACUUGGUGCGCCAUCUUGACGCCUGCGAGACCAUGGGCAACGCUACCGCCAUCUGUUCUGACAAAACCGGAACUCUAACGACCAAUAGGAUGACGGUGGUUCAAUCGUACAUAUGCGAGAAACUGUGCAAAGUGACGCCCAACUACAGGGAUAUACCGCCAGAGGUCGCUGACACGAUGGUGGAGGCGAUAUCGGUCAAUAGCGCGUUUACUUCCAGAAUUAUGCCUUCACUAGACCCCACGGGACCUCCAAUGCAAGUCGGGAACAAGACGGAAUGCGCCCUUUUAGGCUUCGUGGUAGCCCUGGGGCAAAGCUACGAGACGGUCCGGGAACGCCACCCGGAGGAAUCCUUCACCAGAGUGUACACGUUCAAUUCCGUGCGCAAGAGCAUGUCCACAGUCAUACCUUAUAAGGGCGGAUACAGGCUGUACACUAAAGGUGCCUCCGAAAUUGUUUUGAAGAAAUGCGCAUUCAUAUACGGUCACGAGGGCCGCCUGGAGAAGUUCACGCGGGACAUGCAGGAGCGGCUGGUGCGGCAGGUCAUCGAGCCCAUGGCCUGCGACGGGCUGCGGACCAUAUCGGUGGCCUACAGGGACUUCGUGCCCGGCAAGGCGGAGAUCAACCAGGUUCACAUAGACCAAGAACCAAACUGGGAUGAUGAAGACAACAUCGUGAACAAUCUGACCUGCUUGUGUGUUGUGGGCAUCGAGGAUCCCGUCAGACCAGAGGUACCCGAAGCCAUUCGCAAAUGCCAGAAGGCUGGCAUCACUGUCCGCAUGGUGACCGGAGACAACGUGAACACUGCCAGGUCCAUUGCCGUCAAGUGUGGCAUCCUGAAGCCCACGGACGACUUCCUCAUCCUGGAGGGCAAGGAGUUCAACAGGCGGAUCAGGGACACCAACGGGGAGGUCCAACAACAUCUCCUGGACAAAGUGUGGCCGAAACUGCGCGUGUUGGCGAGGUCAUCGCCCACAGACAAAUACACACUAGUGAAGGGUAUGAUCGAGUCCAAGGCGUUCGACACCCGCGAGGUGGUCGCCGUGACCGGGGACGGGACAAAUGACGGGCCGGCGUUGAAGAAGGCUGAUGUUGGAUUCGCUAUGGGUAUCGCCGGCACGGACGUAGCGAAAGAAGCCUCCGACAUCAUCCUAACCGAUGACAACUUCUCAUCGAUCGUGAAGGCUGUGAUGUGGGGCCGGAACGUGUACGACUCCAUCGCUAAGUUCCUGCAGUUCCAGCUCACCGUCAACGUGGUCGCCGUCAUCGUGGCGUUCAUCGGCGCCUGCGCCAUUCAGGACAGCCCGCUCAAGGCCGUACAAAUGUUAUGGGUGAAUCUGAUCAUGGACACGCUCGCGUCCCUGGCUCUGGCCACGGAGAUGCCGACCCCGGACCUCCUGCAACGCAAGCCUUACGGCCGGACCAAGGCUCUGAUCAGCCGCACCAUGAUGAAGAAUAUCCUGGGUCAGGCUCUGUACCAACUGUUCAUCAUCUUCGCACUUCUUUUCAUUGGCGACGUCCUCCUCAACAUCCCAUCAGGCCGAGGGCAGGCCCUCGGAGCGGAGCCCAGCCAGCACUUCACAAUCAUCUUCAACACGUUCGUCAUGAUGACGCUCUUCAACGAGAUCAACGCUAGGAAGAUCCACGGCCAGAGGAACGUGUUCCAAGGACUGUUCACCAACCCGAUCUUCUACGGCAUUUGGAUAGGCACCGCCUUCUCACAGGUCAUCAUAAUACAAUUCGGCGGUAUGGCGUUCAGUACUGCCGGACUGUCGCUGGACCAAUGGCUGUGGUGUUUGUUCUUCGGGGCGGGCACCCUGGUGUGGGGACAACUCGUCACGUCCGUGCCUACACGCAAGAUACCCAAAACACUCACGUGGGGGCGAGGCCAGGCUGACCACGAGACCAUCCAGCCGGGGCCGGACUACGACAACGACCUGGACAAGAAGCCGCGCGCCGGCCAGAUCCUCUGGAUCCGGGGGCUCACCAGGCUGCAGACGCAGCUGCGCGUGGUGCGCGCCUUCAAAUCCACGCUGGAGGACCUCGAGGAGCGGCUGUCGGCGCACUCGGCCGCGGGGCUCCGCUCCCGGCUGCGCGCGCCCGCGCCCGACAUCGCCUACAUCGACGCGGACGACGUCCCCGCCGCCAACAAAACGGAAACCACCAUCUUCUGAGCGCACCGCACAACUACCCCCCCGAUCGUUUUUUCAUUUCCCCCCAAACUUUUGUUUCUUUGACCCGGACCGUACUUACGCGAUUAACGUUAAGGUUUAUUAAGUGUUGAAAACUAGUACUAGGUAGACGAUAGCAAUAAACUAUAGAUGUUAGACGCCCGUAGGCUCCUAAACCGAUUUGUGCCUGUUGCGGCGCCGACGCGGCGCUCCCAUGUUUGUACUCUGUUGAAGUUUCACAAUGUUAAUCGUUCCGACAGAUAUAGUUGUCAUAUCUUAGCUCGGGACCCCUUUUAUAUAUACGUAGGUUAACGAGUCUUGUCUGCCCCGUCAGUCGGCCGGAACACUGCUAUUUUAGAGACGAUCGUAUUUGUACAUAAAUUAGAGGUUCUUUGACGUCUUAUUGUAUACCGGAGCAGUGAUAUUUUGUAUAGGUAGUUAUUAUAAAAUUUAAAACAAAUUGUGGGAAAACUCCAUUUUAAAUAUUGUAAACUUUUUAAAACUUAGACUUUGAGAUUUUACUUAAAAAAGAUAUCUUUCGAAUUUUCGAUUUUCACUAGCUUUUUGUGUAAGUAGAUUGUUACGAGUAUAAUAUUUAUAAUGAAGAGAUCUUGGAAACUACUCGGCAGCUUGUGUGUUUUGUUUCAUAGUAAAUUUUGGGACCAUUUUUAACCCGUUUCUGACUCAAAGCUAGAGACGAUUAGAUCUGUAUUUAGAUCUUAUAUAAUAUAUAUUUAUAACAUUUUAAUCGAAUAUUAACCUAUCUUUACUACGUGUUAUUCUCUCGAAUAUUUAUGAUGCCUAAAGUUUAAUAUGAAUGAGACACUUCACGCUUCACUAAAAAAAGAGCUAUAACAAAUAUGUAUUAUCUGAAACUUACUUAGUUUUGCGAAUGUUACGAGGUCUAUUUACAUUGAAUGAAUAAAUUUUCGAAUCAAAUUCCAUAGCAUUUUCUUUCGCCACUCGUAUAGUUAUGGUGGGGGCCGCCCAGUUUUAGAAAAAUCGCUCUAUUUCAGAUGUUGACGGUAAGUUUAGGUCUGACACGCAUAGGGAGUACGUAUUGUAAGUAUAGACAUCGAUCACGUAGGUACUUGACGAGACUCAUCGUGUAGAGCAUGGGUUGUGUGCACGAUGCUGGACGCUCUCGAUGGCUUCUUGAACCGGCGUUCAAAGAGCCUCGGUCCACAACCACCGUAGCGUGAGUUGAAGCCGCCAUUUUGUGCGUACACGUGGACAAAAUGGCCGCUCAGUAGUUUUUAAGUAUAUUUUUCAAGAAAUGUAUUUUUUUGGUACAAAAUGUUGUUUCUUUUUACAUAUUUUUUUAAUUAUGCUUCGCAUUUAUAGUGUGUUCAUGCUUAUGUUACAGUGUUUUGCAUGUAUACAGAUGUCUGUGAGUAUGCACAAUUUGUAUAUUUUUCCUUUUUUGAUUUUUUUAUAGAUGUGUUGUAUUGAGAUUUUGAUAACAGAGAACGAUUGAUAUUUUUGUUAUUUCAUUGUUAUCGCUAUCUCGCUUUAAGGGUUUUAUAUCCGAAUUUUUAAUUUUUUUUUUUUCGUAUUAUACUGUUCAAUAUAGUAGACAUAAUAACUUACCAAACUUAUAACAUUGUAGUAUUAGGCUUUUAAAUAUAAUAAAAAAACUGUUGAAAAAGAAAAUACAUAACAAAAUAUAAUCUCCACUACACCAAAAUAGUUAAAUAAGAAACAAAAUUAAAAAAAAAAACUUUUAAAUUUUUAUUUCCACUUAUUUUUUUAUCGUUAACUCGGUUGUGUAUGUACUUAUAAAUAAGUUUCAUAAUUUAUUUUUUAUUUUUAUGUAACGUUUUAAUUGUUAAAUAUUACAUACUUAACCGGCACUUUAAACGAUCGUAAUAAAAUUAUUUAUGUGAACAAGGAUAUUUCAUUUACCCGAUACACAGUCCGCAGUAAGCAUACAGCGCCCUAGCUCACAUACCGGAUUUCAAGUAGUUUGGAUUAGCUUCCGACACGAUAUUUGAUCCCUAUUUACCUUUAUUUUGAUAGUACUUGCUCUGGAUGCCCUCGAUUGCCCCCAGCUAGUGUGAAUGCCCCCUAUCCUAGUUGAAGUUAGGCACAUAACUUUACUAACGAAACUGCUUUUCUAAAACAUCUUAUAGUUCUAAACUCUUCACUUCUAGUAGCAUUGAGAUUCUAAAGCCAAAUUGUUGGAACAAAUUUCAUUUGUUUUUGCAAACAUAGUGUAAAUUCCUAUCAAACAGUACAAAAUUCCACGCAGCAGUAUGAUAGUAAUUUUAUUCAUCCUUAAUUGAUGUUUGGUUUUGGAGUGCCAAUUUUCCCUGUAACACUUUCCUUUGGAUUGGCAACAAAGCAGUUUUGUUACGCUGUGUACCGUAGAGUAGAUGCGGGUGGCGGGGCGUCUACUGACACGUCCGUCAUUGUUUUGCAGCAAAAAGCGGAUAUAUUGGCCGGACGCAGGAUAUUUGUCAAUAAUUAUUUGGCAGAGCAUCGGAGGAUCAGCGUCCAGUCUGGUGGCAGCUCCCUACCCGCUCUCAGCCCCACAUCGCAUCAAAGCGAUGAUUAAAACACAAGCCCCAAAAUAAUAAAACUACCCACAAAAUAAAAAAAACCCCCCGGCCUUUUACACCAAAAUACAACGACACGUACAGGUUAACUAAAAAAAACUACUGCCAUUUAAACAAUAUUGUUAUGAAAAAAUAUAUUCUAAAAAUUAAUAUUCAUUCGUAAUAAACUUUUCAAAAUAAAAGACGUUUAAUAUCUCUUUAAAAAUAGCAAAUAAGAAUUGAUUAUUGUCUACGGAAUAUAUUAGAUUUUUAAGAGUAUAUUAGUGAAUUUGCAAAAUUACUAAUUAGAUUACAUGUAACUAUGGUGCACCACUACUUAGAUCGGGUAUGUUGAUUCCUAGCAGAGACUCUGUUUGGUUACCGAUGUUAAAUAAAAUAUAUGAAACACAAACUUGUCUAAUAUAUUUAAUUUUUGCUAAAAAUAUAUUCAGAUGAAAUAAUUUAUGUAAAUACAUAUUUUCUGGAAUACAUUCAUCUCUUUUGUAAUUAAACUUAAAAAUAUAUUUGUAUUCGUCGUGUUUAAAGUUUAAAUAAAAUAUAUAAUAUUUAAAAAUGAAUGUGCCAUUUUUAUAUAUAAUAAAAUAUAAAAAUAUUAACAAAUCACAAUUGUGCUACUCAAGUGCUUUUAUGAACGUUUUUAAAUCUAGGGUGAUAUUUAAAUUUGCUUGUUGUCGAUUUAUUAUUUGAAGGAAUGCAAUUAUCUAGAUGUGUCGAUACGGUGGAACAAUCUCAGUGUUAGAUAAAUGUUUUAUAUAGAUGGUUGUGUUUAUGUUGUACUGUAGUGUGCCAAUGGUUCCUUACUUCGAAUCCAGACACGCUACGCUAUAUCCCAGUUCUUGAUUUUUUUUAAUAGUUAAACUGUAGACUGAAUGCAAUUUUAGCUCGCACGUGUAAAACAACCGACGGUUGCAUGGUUAGAAGGAGAAGCAACAAGAUACCUAAUUUAAACUUUUUCUUGGUUAUUAUGGAAAUGGAACUGUCCAUUAGAUAAAAUUGCAUGCUAUCUUGUUUUGUUAAAAAUAAUUUAAUCGACCCUUAUUAACCUAACAAGCAAGAUAGUCAUGUUAAUAUGAAUUUUAAAGGAAAAUUAACUUGCACUUUUAUCUGCUACUAGUUCCAUGACCUCAAUACGCCUCUGACCUUCUUUACACACUAUACACAACUAUCCACUACUCUAUCGUCUUCCAUCUCUUUUUUCAAUCCUUAUUUUCUUUUCAUUUCACUCACUUAUCCAAGGUAUCGGAUGUCAAGCAAAUUUAUAUAUCUUUCGAUAUAUUCUUUGGGAUAAUGAAAUACGUUUAUGUUUUAAGUAUAUAGCGUCUAUAUAAAAUUAUAUAUUUAUUGGUAAAUAUCGUCGUUCGCACAUCGUGUAGUGUAUUUCAGCUACAUGAAUGUUAAUAUAUAGAAAUAGUAUAAAAUUGUUAUAUUAAAAAUAUAAAUUGGUAAUUCGUGUCUUGGUGUACACCAAUAGUUAGAUAAUAAAUACUAAACUAAUUUUUCUUAAAAAAAAUUAAACGCUUAUAGUGAGUUUUUUCACGCCGAAUAGAAAUUAAAACACUAAAAAGACUAUAGUUAGCAUGGUUUCCUUAUCGCCUACUUAAACUGGUACUAUCUAUUGGUUAUUUCUAAAGCUUCUUGUCUAUUAAAUAGUAAUAAAGUAUCUGUACUCCAAAGUUAAUUUUAUUUCAACCAUCUGUGCCUCGGAGAGCUGCGUUAUAAGGUAACUGGCCGUAACGGGACAUGUUAUGUGCUGUCGGCCAACAUUGGCCAAUGUUUGUCGUACGGUCUUAGUCGAUGUUAGAUCUCGCUUAGCGCUUAUACACGUUCUCGAAUGUAAUGUAGAUGUAGCAUCACUAUAGAAAUAGUUUGGAUACAUUUGUUAUCGAUACGGGCGAAUGAUAUAACAGUACCCUUACCGAUCAAGUUUUGGGCAUGUAACUCAUUAAAUUUCAUUUAAUUAAAAUAUAAAUCAAAUAGAUAUAGAAGGAUUACCUUAAACAAAAAGUAAUAAUGUUUAGUUUCCAAGAGACUAUAAAUUUCUUUUAAGAAUUUGUGGGCUUCAUGUACAGAAUUUUGAAAAUUUGGAUACUGUUUAAAAAUUCACCUGCAUUUUGUAAUAAUCUAGUGUAUCCGUUGAUUGUAUUAGGUUAUGUAUAUAAGGCCUUGCUUCAUCUCUUAUAGCCACGUUGAUAUAAUGUAAAUAGAUUCGUCACUAAGGAUAUGUAAAAACCACAAAAUUAAAAAAACAAAAAUCUCCGUAUAUGUCAUGUUUUUUGCCAAUCACAAUGUCCAUACAUGCUUUUGUACAUAGUUGUUAGUGUGUAGACUUAUUUAGUAACAGGACUAUUGUCGAUAGAUUUCAUCGAUAGAUAUCUGGUAUGUGAGCAACGACGUCGAUAUGUGUGCUUCACUAGUUCGCAUGAGAGAAAACAUUAACUCGACAACACACGAGUGACGUUACCGACGCACUCAGACACAGACACACACGCACAUAAACCAAUUGUUUGUUGAAAAACAAAAAAAAAAACAUUGUUUGUACGCUUUAUGAAAACAACAAUAUAUGUUCGAUGUCUAUACCCAGCAGUAUGGUAUCAUCUAUAAA